ACGGCGCAGACUCAAGACAACACAUUCCUUCGACGCUUCACUUUCUCAGUUGACGCGACGACGGCGGUUUCUCACGUGAAGCAAGGCUACAUUAGCAGCAUUGGCCGAGAUAAUAUCUUCUUCGCAUGACAGCGACCCGACACAGACCAACUAUUUGCAAAGCGCGCAUUUGCUGUCACAUUCGGACGGAUAACUACGUCAGGACGGUGCAUUACAAACCCCCGGGGUUGGUGUGCGUCCCCAAAAAAACAAGAGGACGACAUGUACAGGCCUAAUCUUUGAACGUCUCAGGCAUAUCCGUUACCGAGAUGAAUUUGACACUGGAUUAAGGUUUCGGUUCUGGCAGUUUGCCACGCUCCGUUCUAAAGCACCGAAAGAAGGAAGGGCUUUCUGUCUUUACUACUAUGUUAGGUUACCGUCGCUUCCUGGUUUCUUGACGGAUAAAUAAACAACUAUUUACAACCAAUUACGGAAUAAAAACGGAUGUUAAAACUUUGAGAUUAUGUAUAACAUGUAUAGCAUGACUGCGAGUGGGAACGCGUCGUGAGGUCCAUCGUUCGAUUGUUUUUAAUCUGCACAUCUGUUUCUGUCCUUCUCUCGAGAGAUUUACUGACUGGCUGAGUAGUCUGAAUAUUACAACUACAAAACAUCUAUCCCGAUUUGGACAUCCGGACGUCGAUGACUCUAUAGGCUAUUCCACCCGGAUCUAACCGACGCAGCCAACCGUCACUACGCAUGGGUCAGCCGGGGGCUCGGAUCCCCCGGGGCUGGAGGACCCAGGCCCGCUGCCAGGAGGAUGUCGACCCGGAGAGGGAGAAGAAAUGGGUGGAACUGUUCGACGAACUGGACUUGAACAGUGAUGGAGUCAUCGAUAUCCACGAGCUCCGGGUGGGGUUGGCGAAACGUGGACUCUCCCGCCGCGCCGUGGACCGGGUAAGCAGCCAACGAGCCCGGCAGAUUGUCAAGGAGGGGGACAGCAACAAUGAUGGAGAGUUGGACUUCCAGGAGUUCAGGCAAUACCUCCGCUCCCACGAGCAAGAGCUGCGACUCAUGUUCCGCAGCCUGGACCGCAACAAUGAUGGUGAAAUAGAUGUAUCAGAGAUUCAGCAGUCCCUUCAAUCUCUGGGAAUAGCUGUGAGUCUGAAGGAGGCUGCCACGAUCAUGAAGAGUAUUGACAGGGAUGGUAACAUGACCAUCGACUGGGAUGAGUGGCGAGAUCACUUCCUGUUCAACCCCAUACACAGUCUGGAAGACAUCUCUCGCUUCUGGAAACACUCUCAUAUGCUGGACAUAGGAGACAACCUGACCUGUCCUGAUGAGUUCUCCGAGCAGGAGAAGAAGUCAGGGUUCGUCUGGAGACAGCUGAUGGCUGGAGCUAUGGCAGGAUCAGUCUCCCGGACCGGCACCGCCCCACUGGACCGCCUUAAAGUCUUCCUGCAGGUGCAUGGCUCGACCCCGGGUAACCCUGCAGGGGCCCUUGGGGUGGGGAACAUGAUCAGUGGGCUGAGGGCCAUGGUGAAGGAGGGGGGGUUCAGUUCCCUGUGGAGGGGCAACGGGGUCAACGUCCUGAAGAUCGCCCCCGAGACCGCCAUCAAGUUCUGGGCCUACGAACAGAUCAAGAGGUGGAUGAGUGGCAGUAAGGAGAGGGGACCUCUGAGGGUACAUGAGAGGUUUGUAGCUGGGUCAUUAGCAGGAGCUACCGCUCAGACAGCCAUCUACCCUAUGGAGGUCCUGAAGACUCGUCUGACCCUGGGGAAGACAGGCCAGUACACCAGUGUGUUAGACUGUGCCAGACAGAUCCUCCACAGGGAGGGCAUCAUGGCCUUCUAUAAAGGAUACAUACCCAACAUCAUAGGCAUCAUACCCUACGCUGGCAUUGACCUCGCCGUCUACGAGACUAUGAAGAAUGCGUGGCUAGCGAGGCACACAGAUUCAGCAGACCCAGGUGUUUUCGUGUUGGUGGGGUGUGGAACCAUGUCCAGUACCUGUGGUCAACUAGCCAGUUACCCUCUGGCUCUGGUCAGGACACGCAUGCAGGCACAGGCUUCUGUGAAGGGCGGCCCUCAGCUCUCCAUGCUAGGUCUGUUCCAGAACAUUGUGACCCAGGAGGGCGUGGCCGGCCUCUACCGCGGCAUCGCCCCCAACUUCCUGAAAGUCAUCCCCGCUGUCAGCAUCUCCUACGUAGUUUAUGAACACAUGAGGAAAGUCCUGGGGGUGGAGAGAUCUCCUACGUAGUUUAUGAACACAUGAGGAACGUCCUGGGGGUGGAGAGAUACAGAUGAGGGAGCCAGGGAGGGAGGGAGAGAUACAGAUGAGGGCGGAGAGGGGUGGAGAGAGGGGAGGGAGAGAGAUGUCAUAGAUGCCUUGGAGAGAAUAAGGUGAAAGAAGGAGGAGGGAGGGAUUUGAGUGGGGGAGAGAAUGAGAGAUAGAGAGGGGGAUGGAGACGAGACAGACCAAUGUGGGUGGCAGCUAUGGGCUUGUUGCAUGACCACGCCUAAAGACACAGUGAGAGGAGCCAGAGGGAGUGAACGAAGGAGGGAGAGAGAGAAAGGGAGGAAUGAAUAAAAUAACGGAGAGAGACAUCUCAAGUCCUGCACCCAGGUGAUGUCUAACCGUGUGGAAGCUUUGUGGUUGCAAGUGUCAACAUGGUUUCUAUGACAACACGUGUGACGUUUUACAUGGCCUGCGCUGCAUGUGGAGGUGUUUCUGGUUUUGAAAACUGGCCGUCUGGCUUCUCUACUACUGAGUUGGGCUUUUCUCUCGCUGCAUUAACAACGGGUGAGGACAUGUUUGACAACUAACGGUGCUUCAAGACUUUGACCAAAAACGAAACCCUUACCAAUUCACUACUGACAAAACCUCAAGUGAAGGAUCACAAUGUGACUUUUUCCCCCGUGAAUCUUUAGGUGGAGAAUAGAGAAAUCUCUGCGAUAGGAUGACACCAUCUCCAUGCUGUUGUGUGGUUGGUUGGUCCUGAAGUAGGAAGUGAUACGCCACUGGAACCUUGGAACCACCAGGACUUCUAGAACUUUUCAUAUUGGAACCAGGGUGACUUGAGAACUUUACACAAUGAAAAAGGACCCGUAGCAAUCUACCUCCCAUGACUCAUCGUAGGUAGAAGAAGAGGAUGAGGAAAAGGAGAAGACGAGGUGUUGAAGACCUGCUUUCGAUGAUCUGAAAGGAUUGGGAUGUGCUUGUGGACACAGGAUUUAAAUCAACCUCUGCCUAUGAGAUUAUUCUGAAUGAUAAUGCUGUGAGGACAUGUUAGACAGCCGGAUGAGAAACAAACACAUUAAACCCUGUACUGUAUUUAGCGUUGCAAAGUUUCAGUAACUUUCCCUAAAUUCCCUGAUUUCACAGAAAUCCUGGUUGGAAUUUUUCUGGUAUCAGACAGGAAUUUGCACAAAAUCCAUAAUUAUCCAACCAUGUUUUAGAAGACCUGGGAAAUUGGGGGAAAAUGACUGGAUUUUGCAACCCUAUAUCGAAACUUGAGUUUUUUUCUGAAUUCAAUUUACUGUUAAGCUUCUUUUUCAGCGUGGUAAGUUUCAACAAAGAGUUUUAUCAAGAGUUUUAUCAAGAGUUUUAUCAAAGUAUGUAAAUAGUUAGAGAUGCAUGGUUUAAUCAAGUGCUGAAGCCAAUAGAACACAGCCACGCGCUGAUGUCAUCGCGAUGAUGAUACAACUCAAGGUGGUGUCCCUUUUACGUGUGUGUCAGUGUGUGUGUGUACAGCGAGUAUGUGUGAUUUUUGUCUCACACAAAGUAUUAUAAAACUCCAGAAUGCCAAAUCAACCAAACUGCCAAGAUUGUGUUAUUUUUCCUCCUUCUGUAUAACUUCCAUAUUACUACUGUGUAUUUAUUUAGUGGCUGUAUGUGUAUGAGGUAUUACCAUAACAAUGACUUCAAUAUGAUUCCAAUGACUUCAA